AGGGCUGUUUCCGGGUUCGGAAACCCCCAAAACCUCACUAGGGUUCUCUCUCUCUCUCUCUCUCUCUCUCUCUCUCUCUCUCUCCCAACUCCAAUGGCCGACGAUCGCGACGACCUCACCGACUACUCGUCGGAAGACGAAGGCACCGAAGGUUACCGGAAAGGAGGCUACCACGCCGUCCAGAUUGGCGACUCUUUCAAAAACGGCCGCUACGUCGUUCAGACCAAGCUCGGCUGGGGCCACUUCUCCACCGUCUGGCUCGCCUGGGACUCUCACUCCUCCCGAUACGUAGCGUUGAAGAUUCAGAAAAGUGCUAGGAUGUACACCGAGGCGGCGAUGGAUGAGAUUAAGAUACUCAAUCAGAUUGCUGAGGGAGACCCCGGCGAUAAGAAGUUUGUGGUGAAGCUUUUGGAUCAUUUUAGGCAUUUAGGUCCGAAUGGGCAGCAUGUUUGUAUGGUGUUUGAGUACCUUGGGGAUAAUCUUUUGACUGUUAUUAAGUAUAGUGACUACUGGGGGACGCCGUUGAGCAUGGUUAAGGAGAUUGCGUUUCAUGUUUUGGUGGGGUUGGAUUACUUGCACCGUGAGCUUUCGAUUAUACAUACGGAUUUGAAGCCCGAGAAUGUGUUGCUUUUGUCCAUGAUUGAUCCGAGUAAAGAUCCUAGGAAGUCAGGUGUUCCUCUUGUGCUGCCAACUGGGAAAGAAAAGGCUGCGACGGUUUCGGGGGCGUUGAAAGAUGUUAAGAAGUCGAAUGGGGAUCUUACAAAGAAUCAGAAGAAGAAGAUUCGGAAAAAGGCUAAGAAGACAACUCAGGGUUGUGGAGGGGCGGAAACCUCUGAGGAUGCUGAGGCAGAGUCCACCGUGGUUAGUCUAGAGGAUUCUGUUAAUGAAGUGAAAUCCAAUGGGAAUGCUGUGGAAGAACAAGUGAAGAAUUCUGUGGUUGAAGAUGAAUCAACUACUGGUGAAGAAGUAAAAGAGAAUCAGCGAGAAAAUAAGGAUCAGAAAAGACCAGACGCUUCUACAAGGAAGAAGCUUCUUGCAUCCGCUGACCUUAAAUGCAAAUUGGUUGAUUUUGGAAACGCUUGUUGGACAUAUAAGCAAUUCACAAGUGAUAUUCAGACAAGGCAGUACAGAUGUCCGGAAGUUAUUCUCGGAGAUAAAUACUCAACUCCGGCAGAUAUGUGGUCAUUUGCUUGCCUUUGCUUUGAGCUAGCCACUGGUGAUGUUCUUUUUGAUCCACACAGCGGUGACAAAUAUGACAAAGAUGAGGACCACCUGGCAUUGAUGAUGGAACUUCUUGGGAAAAUUCCAAAGAAGAUUGCAUUAAUUGGUUGCCAUUCCCGAGACUUCUUUAACCGAUCUGGGGAUUUGAAACAUAUCCGGCAAUUGCGUUUUUGGCCUCUUAAUAAGGUGCUAAUGGAGAAGUACAAUUUCAGCGAGCGAGAUGCAAAUGAUAUGACUAAUUUUCUAGUGCCCAUACUUGAUUAUGUCCCUGAAAAGAGGCCAACAGCUGCGCAGUGCCUCAGUCAUCCAUGGCUUAAUGCAGGUCCACGGCUUCUUGAGCCUUCCGUGGCUGGAAAUGGUAGUAUUUUGGAGAAGAGAGAGAUUGAUGAGAAGGAAGCAAUGGCGGUUAGAAUGGCGGGUAUAGCCAUUGAUGAAUCUUCAAAAUUUGUUAAGGAUUCCCUGCGUGUACAACAUUCAUGACUACAUGCAUAAUUGGUGGAUUCAGGUGUUAUACUAUGUGGUUUUUUUGCCACUUGUAUACUUAUUCUGCAUAGAGUAAUCUCGCUUUCUACAGUUUGUUUUUGUCCCUGGCAUGUGUAUCUUUGAUCAAUGCUAAGUUGCUAACCAGUUGUGAUGCAAGUUGUCUGCUCAUUUUUGGGACAUAUGUUCAUUGUUCAUUUACAGUUCACAGUUCUUUGUAAGAGUUGACUUCUCCAACUUCCUGUUUGUGAGGUUUGUUUGAUUACCAGUUUAAUGGUGUCAUGUAAUGUGGAUGUGUUUCUUGAUUCUCUAACAAAGCUGUACCCAUUUCACAUCUU